AGGAGCCGACCAUGGCGGCACCUGCGCCCGACCUGGAACGGGAAAUGCCCGCAAAGCGGAGGAGGGUGCGCAAGGGGACGCGGUCAUGCUGGGAGUGCAAGCGGCGGAAGAUCCGCUGCAUGUUGCCAGCGCCCGGAGAUGGCGCUUGUAUCGGCUGCCACCAUCGCGGUGUUGCUUGCGUGCCCCAGGAUGUGCCCGAGGAUCCGUUUCCGGUGAAGAAGGACAAGCGGCGGCUGGGCGAACGGCUUGCGCUGAUUGAGCAGACUUUGAUGAAGGACUUCCAAGUUCUUGCUGGCAAUGGUAUUGCUGGGCUAAGACAGACCGAUGAUCAAGUCGCUCUCAAGGUAAUUAACAUCCUUGGCCAUCAUGUCUAACCCUUUUACCUAAUUGUCCCGCAGAAUCCCAGAGACUCUAUCUACCCUUGGUCCAUAUCUCCCCACGCCGAACGCGCAAGACAUACCAG